UGUUGCAGUAACGACGCUGGGGCUGUCUUGAGCAUGACGGGGAGGUUAUAGUCUGUGGCUUGUGUAGCUUUAUUAGUUAGCCACAUGUAGUGUAUAGCUGCUCGCUAGCGUUCUGGAGCCUUGUUGGCAUUCUAAGGGAUAUGAAUGACAACAUCUUUUUUUGAAUAGCAUGCGUGUAUAGGCUUGCUAGUUAUUUUGUUCAUUUAAAAAACGGGAUAACCUUCACUGGAUAUUAGGUGCAUCCACAAGUGAUUAGCCUACCCGGAAUAAGAGUUGGUAGGCCUGUUUGUAAAAGAUCCAAAUGGAUAAAAAUACACGAAAGCUUCGGAAUCAGGACAUUAACCCAUGCAUCGACGAAAGUGACGCCUCCCACAAGUGUUUGGAUGCCUCCAGCUACAAUAAGAGCAUGUGUUCUGCCUAUUUCCAGAGAUACAAGAACUGUAGGAAAUACUGGCACAACAUAAUGCUGCAGAGGAGAAGAGACGGUGUGAAACCUGACAUGCCUACUGCUGCCGAGAGGCAGGAGCUGCUCGCUGCCAUUGGAGGGAAACCUUACUGAGAGUCAGCGGGUCACACACAGACACUGGAGAGCAGCGGGCCUUGGAAAUUCACUACAGGCCAACACACUGUGCUGAUGCUACUCUGCCACAUUGGCUUGGAGUGUACUGUGAUUUCAAUCUCAGGUCGUGUGGAAGAGUCACAGAAAGACAAGAUGUACAAUAUGUGAUGAUUUAUUGAGAUCUGUUAACAGUGUGACAUGAACUGACACUAUAAAUUAAAGGACAUUCAAAGCA